AUGGCUGUGUCUGCUACAUGUAUAAGGUCAAAUAUUCUUAUCAAACGUCGGAUUAUUACAGCUUCUGGGAUAAAAUGCCUGUUUCUUUCUACUGAUGGACCCGUUUUAGUUAAGCAAAGGAAACAACGAGCAAAGACACAGCAGAGAAAGGUCGAGCAGAAACCUCCGUGGAGUGACUCCCAGUCGUGGGAGGACAGGCUCGCUGAUGUGGUCUCUCCUCUGUGGAGGCUGAGUUAUGAGGAACAGCUUCAGGUCAAGCAAAAACGCCAGAAAAGGAUUCUGUCUAAACUCUGUGGUUAUCUUUCAGGUGAUUCACAUCCAUCAGCACCUGUCAGAGGUAAACUCAGCUUCCCUGUCCUGCCUAUCCUUCCAUCACCAGUGAGGGACGGCUACCGCAACAAGUCCACAUUUUCUGUCAACAGGGGAGCAGAUGGAAACCCCAAAACUGUUGGAUUUUACAUAGGCACAGGCAAAGAGGGAAACAUCGUCUGCAUCAAUGCUGACCACCUACUACACAUACCAGAGAAGCAUAAACUAGUCGCAAGAUGCUACCAGGACUUUCUCCGGCUCUCUUCUGUGGAGCCCUGCCUGCUGUUCCACACUGGGGGUCACUGGAGAGAGGUCACAGUGAGGACCAAUGCAGAGGGCCACACCAUGGCUAUAGUGUACUUUCACCCACAGACGCUCACUCCUGAGGAGAUAGAGUACCACAAGGCCGAGCUGGUGGAUUACUUUAUUCGAGGACCUGGUUCUGUGUGUCAGCUGGACUCUCUGUACUUCCAGGAGAGCAAAAUGACUCGCUGCACUCAUGAGGAGUCUCCCUACCAGCUCCUCUAUGGUCAGCCACACAUUCAUGAAGAGGUAAUGUACACAAUAUUUGCAUUUACAUACAGUGCCUUAAAAAAGUAUUCGUACCCCUUGAACUUUUUCACAUUUUGUCACUCUACAACCACAAACUUAAAUGUAUUUUAUUGAGAUUUUUUGUUACAGACCAACACAGAGUAGCACAUAAUUGUGAAGUAGAACGAAAAUGAUACAUGGUUUUCAAAAAUUUAAACAAAUAAAAAUCCGAAAAGUGUGGAGUGCAUUUGUAUUCAGCCCCCUGUACUUUGAUACCCCAAAAUAAAAUGCAGUGCAAUCAAUUGCCUUCAUAAGUCACCUAAUUCAUUAAGAGUCCACCUGUGUGUAAUUUAGUAUUAGCAUAAAUUAGGGCCCGACCGAUUUAUUGGCGAGCCGAUUAAAGGGACAGGGGAGCUGGUCAGAGUUGAUGAGAGGAUGGAUGGAUCAAAGAAUAUUCAUGUGUUUGAAUGGCCAAGUCAAAGUCCAGACCUAAAUCCCUUUGAGCGUCUGUGGCAAGACUUGAAACUUGCUAUUCACAGACUCUCUCCAUCCAAUUUUUUUUUUUUGGGGGGGCUAAAUACAAAUGCACACCACACUUUUCAGAUUUUUAUUUGUUUAAAUUUUUGAAAACCAUGUAUCAUUUUUAUUCCACUUCACAAUUAUGUGCUACUUUGUGUUGGUCUAUGACAAAAAAUCUCAAUAAAUUCUUUAAAAUUUGUGGUUGUAGACCAAAUGUGAACAAGCUCAAGGGGUAUGAAUACUUUUUCAAGGCACUGUACCUCCAAGUCACUGGAUUUACAUUAACAAUAACAGACAGAGAAGGGUGGAUGACUUGUAUUGUGUGAUAUCUUGUCAUUCGCAGGUGCUGGGCUUCAAGUUCCGUAUCUCUGCUGAUGCCUUCUUCCAAGUGAACCAAUCAGCUGCUGAGGUGCUAUACCGCACAGUGAGAGACCUUUGUGUUCCACGCUACGGAGAACGUGAAGGACCAGGUAAAGCCAGUGGUACUCUUCUGGAUGUGUGCUGUGGGACUGGUGCUAUCGGUAUCACUAUGUCUGACAGAGUGGGCAGGAUUGUUGGUAUAGAGCUCAUAGAGCAGGCAGUGGAAGAUGCCAAACACAACGCAGUUCUCAAUAAUGCCCUGAACUGUGAGUUUAUCCCUGGGAAGGCUGAGGUGGUGCUCCCUGCUGUUAUGUCUCAGUUGAGCUCUGCAGGUGAGAAACUCAUUGGAGCCGUGGUGAAUCCCUCUCGAGCCGGCCUGCACUACAAAGUGAUCCGAGCUUUACGAAACCAACCGGGGAUCCGCAGGUUGGUCUUUGUUUCCUGUAAGCCAGAUGGAGAGGCAAUGAGGAACUUCAGGGAGCUUUGCUGUCUUCCUGACGAUCGAAAGAAACUCACUGGAGAGGCUUUUUCACCAACUCUGGCUGUGCCUGUGGACAUGUUCCCGCAUACUCCUCAUUGUGAACUGGUGCUGCUUCUGGAGAGGUAG